GUCACAUCGCACACCCAUCCCCCCUUUAUAAAGGUCUCAGGAACCGAAGGAGCACCGUCAGAUCCUGAAUUCCUCUUACCCAAUAUGGCGACCACCGAAAAUAAGCAACACGAACAGGUUGACUGAAUGUUUGAGGUCUUUUGAAGAAAGUUGACACCUAAAUGAAGAUUAGCUCCUGAACCAAACGAUUCGGACAGCAACCGGGUGGCAGUGACUGCCAACAGUACUUGUAACGAAGAGCAGUCUAUAAAAGACAGUGUCACAAUGAGUAACAAGGGGAAAACGAAGGGGAAACCCGACUUAAAUGACCUCAAACAGGAGGUUGAUAUGGACGAGCACAAAAUUACACUACAGGAAUUAUAUACACGAUUAGGAACAGACCCAGAAAAGGGACUGACGCAAGCUCAAGCUCGUAAAAUCUACGAGCGAGACGGGCCUAAUACCUUAUCUCCUCCCAAAAAAACUCCCGAAUGGGUGAAAUUCUGUAAAAACCUAUUUGGUGGGUUCGCCCUCUUACUAUGGAUAGGCGCCAUCCUCUGUUUCAUUGCAUAUUCCAUCCAAGCUGGCACUUUCGAAGAGCCCCCAGAUGACAAUCUGUAUUUGGGUAUCGUGUUAUCGGUUGUAGUUAUUGUUACGGGUUGUUUCUCCUAUUAUCAAGAAGCUAGAAGCUCUAAAAUUAUGGAAUCCUUCAAAAAUAUGGUUCCUCAGUAUGCCACAAUAAUACGAGAAGGUCAAAAAUACACAAUUCCAGCAGAAGGCGUUGUUGCAGGUGAGAUUGUGGAAGUGAAAGGUGGUGAUCGGAUACCAGCGGAUAUUCGUAUAAUCUCCGCAUCUUCCUGUAAAGUGGACAACUCCUCUCUGACCGGAGAGUCCGAACCCCAAAGCCGAUCACCUGAAAUGACCAAUGAAAACCCUCUAGAAACAAAAAAUGUGGCUUUCUUCUCAACGAAUUGCGUAGAAGGUACCUGCCGCGGUGUUGUGAUCAAUACCGGAGAUCGAACUGUGAUGGGCAGAAUUGCCAAUUUAGCUUCAGGUCUGGAGAUGGGAGAUACUCCCAUUGCUCGAGAAAUCGCCCACUUCAUUCACAUCAUUACAGGGGUGGCUGUCUUCCUAGGAAUGGCCUUUUUCGUUACGGCCUUCAUCCUCGGAUACCAUUGGUUGGAUGCCGUCAUCUUCCUCAUCGGCAUCAUCGUCGCCAAUGUGCCCGAAGGAUUACUAGCCACCGUUACAGUGUGCUUAACCCUCACUGCCAAACGAAUGGCCCAGAAGAACUGCCUUGUAAAAAAUCUGGAAGCUGUAGAAACUUUAGGCUCAACAUCCACUAUUUGUUCGGAUAAAACGGGAACUUUAACACAAAAUAGAAUGACGGUAGCUCACAUGUGGUUCGAUAACCAAAUCAUUGAAGCUGAUACAACAGAAGAUCAAUCAGGUGUUCAAUAUGAUAAAUCAUCCCUUGGCUGGAAAGCAUUAGCAAGAGUGUGUUGCCUUUGUAGUAGAGCAGAUUUUAAAGCUGGACAAGACAGUGUUCCCAUCUUAAAAAGGGAGUGUGCAGGAGACGCUUCGGAAUCAGCUAUCUUAAAAUGUAUGGAAUUGGCUGUUGGAAGUGUUACACAAUACCGCAACAAAAAUCCAAAAGUCUGUGAAAUUCCCUUUAACUCCACCAACAAAUAUCACGUAACAAUACAUGAAGUAGAAGAUAAUGGUGAACGUUUCUACCUGUUAUGCAUGAAAGGAGCUCCCGAAAGAAUCCUAGAUCGUUGCUCUACAAUCUACAUACAGGGCGAAGAGAAAGUGAUGGACGAGGAAAUGAAAGAAGCCUUCAACAACGCAUACCUUGAGCUUGGUGGACUCGGAGAAAGAGUCAUUGGUUUCUGUGAUUUCGUCUUACCUGCCGAUAAAUUUCCGCCUGGUUAUCCUUUUGAUGCCGACGAAGAGAACUUUCCCAUUUUUGGUCUCAGGUUUCUGGGACUUGUCUCCAUGAUUGAUCCUCCUCGAGCUGCUGUACCAGAUGCAGUAGCGAAGUGCAGAAGUGCUGGAAUCAAAGUAAUAAUGGUAACUGGAGAUCAUCCUAUCACUGCCAAGGCCAUUGCUAAAGCCGUAGGUAUCAUAUCAGAAGGAAACGAAACUGUAGAUGAUAUCGCUGCUAGACUAAACAUCCCAGUGGAAGACGUUAAUCCAAGGGAUGCAAAAGCUGCAGUUGUCCAUGGUUCUGAACUUCGAGACAUGGCGUGUGACUAUCUAGACAAUAUUCUGAAGCAUCACACAGAAAUUGUGUUCGCCCGUACAUCUCCACAACAGAAACUAAUCAUUGUGGAAGGGUGCCAAAGACAAGGGGCUAUCGUGGCAGUCACUGGUGAUGGUGUCAAUGAUUCACCUGCACUCAAGAAAGCUGAUAUCGGUGUCGCCAUGGGUAUUGCGGGUAGUGAUGUGAGUAAACAAGCUGCAGACAUGAUUCUGUUAGAUGAUAAUUUUGCAUCAAUUGUAACAGGAGUCGAAGAAGGUCGUUUGAUUUUCGACAACUUAAAAAAAUCCAUUGCUUAUACUUUAACUAGUAAUAUUCCGGAAAUCACACCAUUUCUAUUAUUCAUCUUGGCUGACGUACCUCUACCGCUAGGAACAGUAACUAUAUUGUGCAUAGAUCUUGGAACUGAUUUGGUACCUGCCAUUUCCUUAGCAUACGAAGCCCCCGAGAGUGACAUCAUGAAAAGGCAACCACGUGAUCCUAGCAUGGAUAAACUUGUGAAUGAGAGGUUAAUAUCUAUAGCAUACGGUCAAAUAGGAAUGAUUCAAGGAGCUGCAGGAUUUUUUGCAUAUUUUGUUAUCAUGGGAGAAAAUGGAUUCCUUCCAGGUCGACUGCUAGGCAUAAGAAAAGAAUGGGAUUCGAAAGCUGUAAAUGACCUUACAGAUUCAUAUAAUCAGGAAUGGACAUACUUUGACAGAAAGAUUCUAGAAUAUACAUGCCACACAGCGUUUUUCGCAUCCAUUGUCAUUGUCCAAUGGGCUGAUCUUAUUAUUUGCAAGACUCGAAGAAAUUCUAUACUACAUCAAGGAAUGAAGAAUCACGUUUUGAACUUCGGUUUGGUGUUUGAAACGGCCUUAGCUGCCUUUUUAUCCUACUGCCCAGGGAUGGACAAAGGUCUUCGAAUGUAUCCUUUGAAGCUCUACUGGUGGCUUCCAGCCCUGCCAUUUUCCCUCCUCAUCUUCGUGUACGACGAAGCUCGUCGCUUCAUUCUGAGGCGUAAUCCAGGAGGCUGGGUGGAGAGAGAGACUUAUUAUUAAAAAUACAAAAUAAUAUAAAACAGGCCCCCCGUCAACCCCUUCGGGGGACAAGAACCAACUUAAUAAAUACACGGCGGCCGGCCUUUCUUUGUUAAUGCGUGGGGUCAGCCAUCGCGUUGUGUGAGUGAGAUAUCUUCCGCUCUUCAUCUUCUUGGAACACUUUGGGAGUAGGAGGAGACCUUAACCACACUCAAAAAUAGCUCGUACGUAGUCUGGUGCUUCAAGGCCACUGGAUGGCUGCCACUUAAUAAAAAGGAAAAAAUAGGUGUUUUUUCAGCGAACACAGAUGCUUAUAUAUAUAAUAAAAAUGUUAUAUGAGGUGAGAGUGAAAGGGGGUAUAUAUAAAUACUUAUAUAUAAAUAUAUAUAUUUACGUUUCCGUUCUCUGCAAAACAUAUAUUAAAUAAUAAAAAAAAAACAAGUUGUCCAACGAGUUAAAAAUUUAUCUAUUUUGGAGAAGGAAAAAAAAAUAACGAAGAUUCAUACUGCCGAUGUUGAAAGAGACUUCGUUUUGGAUAUGAGCUUAUAACCUAUGUUUCUAUUUUGGAAACGUUACAGGUGGACACUGUGCUCAUAUCAAGGGAAGGAAAACGUGUGGAAACAGGUGUACAGUGGAAUGCUACUCCAGUUUUCGCACCGAGUGGAUUGUGCGGUAUUAUUCAAUUGUAUUACUAAAUGAUGAUUGCCUCCUAUAUCGCCUCCUAACACCCCCCAUAGUAUCAUAAAUUGUCUGUUCCUUCUUCUUUGGGCAUUUUAUCAGUAAUCAUUACACAUUUUGCAGAAUUUUACGAGUUUAUAUUUUACACGAGAAAAUAUUUAAUAUAUAUGUAAAUGAAAAUUAUUAAAAAAAAAUAAAAAAAAAUCAAGGUAUAUAUUAUGAAAUGCGAUGGACUGAAUUAAGUAAUCAUAUUUGAUAUCAUUGCCAUCUAUUGCUGUUAGGAAAUAAAAUGUUGAAGAUUUUUCAUCGUUUUGCCGUUAUCAUUUCACUAAAAUAUUUAUUAAUAGAAUGCUGUGGGUCUCUCACGAAAAAAACUCUUUUUGACCCAGACGAGUGAUGUUUUAUUUAUAACUCGCAAAUACGACUAUCAUUUUACUUUUGAUGUAUAUGGUAAGAGGUGAUGGAAAAUAAGCAAGCGUCAAUUAAUCGUUUUUUGCUUCAGUAGUUGCUCUAGCCUUCAGAGUAGCUAGUCAAGUUAUCCUCCUUGCUUUGUUCCAGGGAAGAGGAGGAUUUAUAGCCUUGAUACAUAAAGAGAAGUUUAUGAGUUUUUGGACUGCACUCUUAUGUUAAAAAAAAAUGAAUAAAUUCUUUUUUUUUUUGAAGAAAAAGGGGAAAACAUAAAAACUGUUUCAUUAGUGCAUAUAAACAAAUUAGCUGAUUUUCUUUCAAGAUACUUUAAACCAAAAUAUUAUUUGUUCAAGAAUAGAAGUUGGCGGAGAAAAAAAAACUAAUAAUAAAAAUAUAAGGAAAUAAUCUUCUAACUACAGCAAAGGUAGCUUCCUAGAAUGAUGAUUUAUAGACUAGGAGGAAAGAAUUUUACGAUUUUUACUUUUAGCGCCAAUCUUCACUUGAUUUAGAAAGAGAAAGCUUAUUCAUAUUCUCACUCCACGUAGUCAAGAAAGAUGUUCACCAACCAGGAAGAAAUAAUAAUAAAAAAAAUAAUAAUAAAAUGGCAGAAAUAAAAUAAUAAUAAAAAGGAACUGUACUGUAGUUUUUCCAUUAUUUGUCGGGAAAAAAAUACAACUGUAGUUUUCUUAGAGAGCCAAGGGAAUAAAUUACAGAUGUGAUAUAUGUGUUUGUGAGAUUAUAUUUCCUGAUGUGCUGGUGAGGUUUAAUUUAUCAAUAAAGUGAUACACGGACCACUGUA